UUGAUUAUGGUGUUUUGUACUUGACAUUGAAUUAUGCCUCAUGUGAGACACGUAAGACAUGUUAAAUUCUUGGAAAGGGCUCCACAUCUACAGUAAGUGGUUCAUUUGUCAUUCAGGCUUUUUUGUCUGCUUGAUUUAAUGUGCACUUCUGAAAUAAUUAAUUGUAUCCACUCUCUUCUAAUGUCAGUAGUAACUGGAUCUGAAUACGCGUCAAACCAUUUCCUGCUUUUACGUCUUCUGUUAUUUUAAUGGUUGUAUAUUUUAGUAUUAGUUUUAUUAGGUAUUAAGAGUAUAUCUCCACAUCCUAAUUUGGACCAGGUGUUGCCCAUCCCUCCUGCCACAACAGCACAAAGGCAACCAAGGCAAAAGAAACAAAAACAAAACACACCCACGCCGUAACAAGGUCUAGAUAAAGGACACAUCUUGAAGUUUAUGAAACUCUUUCUGCACUCAAGGCAGCUCAUACUGCAUAUUUGGUUUUGAAAUGAUGCCGUUUACUCAACUCUUACUUGCCAGAGAUCAAUUAUGAAAUGAUCAUAUCAGUGAGAGGUUUGCAUGUAUGAUUGUAAGUAGCAGUCUCACUACAUGUUGCAGUGGACGAUACUGAAGCUUCCAGAGGCUGAGCAGAAAAUUCUGGACUCACAGGGAGAUUCCAUGUCAGAUUUGGUAAAUCCCUAUAAUGAUGAUGAUCGCUCCAGCCAGACACCUGGAUCAUCUUUAAAUAUACCAGAAACUUUAAGCAAAGACGAGACUAAAGACAAAAGAGCUCAUUCCCCAAGCACUAUCUGCCCAACAAUCAGUCCAAUCAAAAUGGAAAAGGCUGAGAAAAAUGUACAAAUUGAUUGUUUUGAUGAACUUAAAGAAAAGGACAUCGAAAAGCCUGAGAAAAAGGACAAAAACAAAAAUGUGUAUGUGAAUAGAGAGUUUGCAGGUAUAUUGUCUGAUGCCACAGCAAACGAAGAAGAGGAAGAAAAAGAAAAAGAAGAAGGAGAAGGAGAAGAAGAUGAUGAUGAAGAUUCAGACUCUCUUGCCUCAGAAUUACAAGAAAUAAGUGACUAACCUGCACAAAAAACAAACAAAUUGAAAGGUAAACUGAAGGAGUUGGAGAAUAUUACACUUAACAUCGCUGUAACUGGGAUGACAGGGGCAGGAAAGUCUUCCUUUGUCAAUGCCCUGAGAGGACUUCAUAAUGAUGAUGGGAGAGCAGCUCCCACAGGAACAACUGAGACAACCAUGAAGCCAAACAUGUACCCACAUCCCUUCAUGCCAAAUGUGAAAAUCUGGGAUCUGCCUGGAAUUGGCAGUCCAAAAUUUAGAGCGAAGAAGUACCUGAAAGAUGUCAAGUUCAACACGUAUGACUUCUUUCUCAUAGUGACCUCUGAAAGGUUUAAGGAGAACGACAUAGAGCUGGCCACAGCAAUCCAGAAGAGCAAGAAGCUAUUUUAUUUCGUUCGCACUAAAAUUGACAAUGACGUUCGUGCUGAAUCACAUAAAAGAGACUUUGAUGAGCGGAAGUUGCUCGAUAACAUCCGAGAGGACUGUAAGAAGAACCUGCUGAAAGUCGGAAUAUCCAAAAUAUUCCUUGUAUCUUCAUUUCAAUUGGACAAGUAUGACUUUCAGAAGCUGAUCGACACCCUCGAGGAUGAACUUCCCGAGAACAAAAGAUUUGCUCUCAUUCAGUCUCUGCCCAUUUACUCUCAGGAAGCCCUGAUGAAGAAGAAAAGGUACUUCAAGAAGAUUAUUUGGCUGAAUGCAUUUGCGGCCGGGAUCGGGGCACUGCCUCCCCUCCCGGGAUUGUCAGUGGCCUGCGAUUAUGGCAUAAUGAAGAAUUUCUUUAAACAAGUCUUCACCAGCUACGGCUUAUCAAAUGAAGCCCUAGAGGUGCUAUCAGCACGAGUGAACAAACCUGUAGAGGAUCUGAAAUCUGUUAUGAAGUCACGCUUCAAAGAUGGAGUCACCCAUGAUGUUGUAAAAGAUUUGUUGUCUAAACCAGUCAUUGCUACAGCCAAGACGCUGGGGACCGUAAUGUCUCUGCUGCCGUUCGGAGCUCUACCGGCGAGUGGGGCGGCUGUCGCCUCUGUACAAUACCUGCUUAACAAGGGACUGAAUGAGAUGACAGAAGACACCAAAAAGGUGCUUGCUGAAUCACAACUUUCCUAAUAUACACAGAUAAAAUAAGAGCCUUAGAUCAGGCUUUGGUCUUAUACAAGAAUUAACAGAAAUUAUAUAACAGCUCUGAUGCUGCAGAAAAUGUGUCUUGCAGUUUUGAAAAUGAAUAGGUAAAAGUAAACUUACUAAUUAUCCGCUUCUUUGUAAUUGUGAUUAAAAUACAAUUUCUUGGAAAUGUGAUUUAGAGCAUUUAAAAAUAAAACACUUUUUUCCCAAAGUAAAUGUCAUUUUUUUCAUCUGUAUCUGUAUAACUAUAUACUGUGUGCAUGCUGAACUUGCAAGGAAUAAAAUACUUAUUGUUUUCACAAUUAGAA